AUGAUCGCCAGCCAAGCAGGUGCAACGAUCCGUUUCCCAGGCUUCACAUCUCGCACUGAUCAGAUCUUCGUGCGCGACGGGAUCCCAGAAUCUUCAGAGUCAACCUCGGUCUCAAAUGGUAGUCCCGUCAAGACCCUCAUAAUCUUCGCCUGGGGCGACGCGCAGCCCAAGAACAUCACAAAAUACGCCGACGGCUUCCGCACCCUCCACCCGUCCGCCAAACAGAUCGUUGUGCUGUCUCCAAUCUACAAGGCGUUAUGGCGCUCGAUGGCGCAGCGCGUGGAGGCCAUGAGCCCGAUUGUAGACGAGGUCUUCCCGCCAACUGGCAAGAGCGAAGCCGAGCAGGAUCAUGACGGCUCCGGCGUCCUGAUCCAGGUCAUGUCCAACACGGGCGGAAUCGCUUACGCUGCAGCCCUUCACGCGUACCGAAAUCGAUACGGCCGCCCAUUCCCACAUAGGCUCGUUGUCCUUGAUUCCACGCCCGGAAGCACAGAUCUCACCUUCGCCAAUAUGCGCAGGUUCGCGCUGGCCAUGGCGCUGGGCACGGCCAAAUUCUUUCCCUGGCCGUUUUGCGUCACAAGAGGUCUCUGGGCAGUCUUUCUCUACGUGCUCAACCUCAUCGAGAAGAUUCUGGGACGGACAAGCGCCGGUGCAGAGAGUGUGAAGGUAGUUGGAAACCCGGAGCUGGCGAGUUUGGAGACCAAACGGCUCUACCUUUAUGGGAAGGAGGACCAGAUCAUUCUGUGGAGUGAUAUUGAGGCCCACAUUGCCGAGUCCCGGCGAAAGGGGUGGGAGGUACAAUAUAGGGUGUUUGAGGGCAGCGGGCAUGUUGAGCAUAUGAGGAAGCAUCCGGUUGCUUAUUGGAAGGCGAUCAAGGAGGCGUGGGAGGAUGCCACCGGCACUGCGUAG